AUGGCUGAUGACAACCCGACCGGCGCGGCCCCUACGCUGGACACCAACAUCGAGUCCGGCGGCUUCGACGAGAAGCGCGCCCACGAUGCCCCUCACCAAGACUCGGCUACCGCCCAGGGCGGCGCCAUGCCCCCCAAGGCUGCCAAGCCUGUCGAGGAAGAGGACGAGGACGAGGACAUGGAUGCCUUGAUUGAGGAUCUCGAGUCCGAGGACGGUCACCAGUUCGAGGAGGACGAGGAAGAGGAAGAUGGGAACCCCGGCGGUGGCCGCACCGUCCCCGAGGACAUGCUCAAGACCGACUCGCGCGUUGGUCUUACCGAGUCCGAGGUCACUGCUCGCCGCAAGAAAUAUGGUCUCAACCAGAUGAAGGAGGAGAAGGAGAAUCACAUUCUCAAGUUCCUCAGUUUCUUCGUUGGUCCUAUCCAGUUCGUCAUGGAGGCUGCUGCCGUCCUUGCUGCCGGUCUCGAGGAUUGGAUCGACUUCGGUGUCAUCUGCGGUCUCCUCGUGCUCAACGCCUGCGUCGGUUUCUUCCAGGAAUUCCAGGCCGGCUCCAUUGUCGACGAACUUAAGAAGACUCUUGCCCUCAAGGCUGUCGUCCUCCGUGAUGGUACCCUCAAGGAGGUCGAGGCCCCCGAAGUCGUUCCCGGUGAUAUACUCCAGGUUGAGGAGGGUACCAUUAUCCCCGCCGACGGUCGCAUCGUUACCGAGGAGGCCUUCCUCCAGGUUGAUCAGUCUGCCCUGACCGGCGAGUCGCUCGCUGUCGACAAGCACAAGGGCGACAACUGCUUUGCCUCCUCCGCCGUCAAGCGUGGUGAAGCCUUUGUCGUCAUCACCGCCACUGGCGACAACACCUUUGUCGGACGCGCCGCUGCCCUUGUCUCCCAGUCUGCUGGUGGAACCGGUCACUUCACUGAGGUUCUCAACGGCAUUGGUACGACUCUGCUCAUCCUCGUCGUCCUCACCCUCCUCGUCGUCUGGGUUUCAUCGUUCUACCGCUCCAAUGGCAUCGUCAAGAUCCUUAAGUUCACCCUUGGUAUUACCAUUGUCGGUGUCCCCGUCGGUCUGCCCGCCGUCGUCACCACUACCAUGGCUGUCGGUGCCGCCUACCUUGCCAAGAAGCAGGCCAUUGUCCAGAAGCUCUCUGCUAUCGAGUCCCUCGCUGGUGUCGAGAUCCUCUGCUCUGACAAGACCGGUACCCUGACUAAGAACAAGCUCUCCCUCGCCGAGCCUUUUACUGUCGCCGGUGUCGAGCCCGAUGACCUUAUGCUCACUGCCUGUCUCGCUGCCUCGCGCAAGAAGAAGGGCAUCGACGCUAUUGAUAAGGCUUUCCUCAAGUCCCUCAAGUUCUACCCCCGCGCUAAGUCUGUCCUGUCCAAGUACAAGGUUCUCGAAUUCCACCCCUUCGACCCCGUCUCUAAGAAGGUCCAGGCCGUUGUCGAGUCUCCCCAGGGCGAGCGCAUCGUCUGCGUCAAGGGUGCCCCUCUGUUCGUUCUUAAGACCGUGGAGGAGGACCACCCCAUCCCCGAGGACAUUGAUAAGGCCUACAAGAACUGCGUUGCUGAGUUCGCUACCCGUGGUUUCCGUUCGCUCGGUGUCGCCCGCAAGCGUGGUGAGGGCGCCUGGGAGAUCCUCGGUAUUAUGCCCUGCCUUGACCCUCCCCGUCACGACACUAGCCGCACCAUCAAUGAAGCCAAGAAGCUCGGUCUCUCCAUCAAGAUGCUCACUGGUGACGCCGUCGGUAUCGCCCGCGAGACUUCCCGCCAGCUUGGGCUCGGUACCAACGUCUAUAACGCUGAGCGCCUUGGUCUCGGCGGCGGUGGUGACAUGCCUGGCUCAGAGGUCUAUGAUUUCGUCGAGGCUGCCGACGGUUUCGCCGAGGUCUUCCCCCAACAUAAGUACUCGGUCGUCGAGAUUCUGCAGCAGCGUGGUUACCUGGUUGCUAUGACCGGAGACGGUGUAAACGACGCUCCCUCCUUGAAGAAGGCCGAUACUGGUAUUGCCGUCGAGGGAUCCUCCGAUGCUGCCCGUUCUGCUGCCGAUAUCGUCUUCCUUGCCCCCGGUCUCGGCGCCAUCAUCGAUGCCCUUAAGACCUCCCGCCAGAUCUUCCACCGCAUGUACUCCUACGUCGUCUACCGUAUCGCCCUCUCACUGCACAUGGAAAUCUUCCUUGGCCUCUGGAUUGCUAUCCUUGACCGCUCCCUUAACCUGAACCUCAUUGUCUUCAUCGCUAUUUUCGCCGAUAUCGCCACCCUGGCUAUUGCCUACGAUAACGCUCCCUUCUCGCAGACACCCGUUAAGUGGAACCUGCCUAAGCUCUGGGGCAUGUCUGUCCUCCUCGGCGUCGUCCUGGCUAUUGGUACCUGGAUCUGCUUGACCACUCUCUACGUUGGUGGCGAGAAUGGUGGUAUCACUCAGAACCGUGGUGACAUUGACAUGAUCAUCUUCCUUGAGGUCUCCUUGACUGAGAACUGGCUGAUCUUCAUCACCCGUGCCAAUGGCCCCUUCUGGUCCUCUAUCCCCUCGUGGCAGCUUACCGGCGCCAUUCUGGCCGUCGAUAUCCUCGCCACUCUCUUUGCUGUCUUCGGUUGGUUCCGUGGCUAUGGCAACCGUGUGAACAUUGUCGGUGUCGUCCGUGUCUGGAUCUUCUCCUUUGGUGUCUUCGCCAUCAUGGGUGGUCUCUACUACUUUAUGCAGGGCUCCACGGGCUUCGACGAUCUCAUGCACGGCAAGUCGCCCAAGCGUAACCAGAAGCAGCGCUCUCUUGAAGAUUUUGUCGUUUCCCUCCAGCGUGUUUCGACCCAGCAUGAGAAGGCUCAGUAG